AUGGCUAUGGCCGAUGGCAUGUCGUCGGCGGCACAGGGGACGGCGAAACAGCCCCCCUCGACCAUCCGAACCGCUCUCCCAUCUCGACGCAUGUCCCCCAAGGCCCGCGAAGGAGGGCAGUACGCUGUCGUGGAGCAGGCGAGAGGCCCCAGUCCAGUAGGCCGAGGCGAGAGCCUUGAGGGACCAGCGACCUUGCGGCCAAACUCCCGACGCAGUCCGUCGAGCGACGCCAUGUCGAGGUCACAGGCCAGGAGUCCGGUCUCAGUAUCCAGUGAUGGCUCCCCGAAAGACCCCGGCACCGUCAACGGCGACAACGUCUUCAUCAGGCCAGACGGGUCAAGUCUGCAGAAACCCCCUCAUCUGGUUGCUGCGGCACCAAGGACGGCUCCCCCAAAGAUUGCGCCAGCACCAGGCCCAGGCCCGAAAUAUCUCAGUGCUCCCGCUCCAACGUAUGUUACAGAGGAGCAGGCGCCAUCAGGCACCUGCCCUGGUGGUGGAAAGUGCAACGGUACCGGCGGUGCGGAAGGCUGCAGUGGUUGUCCUGCGUACAACAAUCGAGUAUCGAAGUCCGCCCAUCUAAACGUUCAGGGGCAAGGUGGUUGCGGUGGUGGCGGCGGCGGCGGUUCGUCUAGCCAAUCUCAGGGCGAACCCAUGGCCGUAGACGACCCUGUUGCUCCUGUCGAUAUCGCUGCUCUGCAAAUACAGCAAGCACAAAACCCGAAUCACACCGUUGUGAUCGCCUGCCAAAACUGCGGCACUACCAUCACCCCGCUAUGGAGACGAGACGAAAGUGGCCACACGAUCUGCAAUGCUUGCGGUCUUUACUACAAACUUCACGGAGUUCACCGGCCUGUGACUAUGAAGAAGUCGAUCAUCAAGAGACGGAAACGAGUGAUACCAUCUUCGUUUGGCGGCGAAUGGACAGAAGAGAUGCUGGAGGGUUCGGAGACGCAGAGCGUGGCACCAGAGGGAAGCCCGGAAAGGGGCACGAUGAACGAGGACGGAUCCAUCAAUUUGGGCUUUCGGCGUCGGGAAGAGAAUCCUGCCACCAUGCUUCCAGAUCCACUUAUGCGUCCAAAUCGACAGGGCUCGCCGCUGCCUUCGCAUGACUUGACUGCGUAUCAGUCUUCGGGUUCCCGAACUUCGAACCCCUAUCCGGGAUCGCUGAACGACGAUAACCGCCUUGCUCCGAUUACAUCGCUCGCCGCCAUGGGAGAACGCCAACCCUCUCUGUCACCUGGUUCUUUCUUGUCUCCAUCGAGGAAAAGAUCACUUUCUGCGGAAGGAAAUCCGUCUGGCGACGGCGGACCAGACACGUCCAAGCGACUAUCGUCCAUCAAGUCAAUCCUCAACCCCACAACGGCAGAUGACAACCCGGCGUACCACUCGGGUAGCGAUGACGCCGCGGAACAUUAUGCCCGAUCUGCUAUGUCGCCGGCCGCCUCCGCACCGAGUCCAGGAUCCUACUCGAAUGCUCACAUGACGCCUCUUCCAUCGCCUGGACCGAGCAGUCAGACGAGCAAUCCAGGGUUCAGACCAGAAAACGAAAGGGUCAAGGCGGAGAAGAGGGCAGCAUUGAUUCGGGAGGCUGAACGAAUGAGGGAGAUGUUGGCAGCGAAGGAGAAGGAGCUAGCGGACAUGGGAAACUACUGA